AUGGAAAAACGAGGGGCCAAACAGGUGUUGGAACAGCGUCUUCCGCGACUGAAGCUUCCUAUUAUUUUUCCCAAAACAAUGCCGCCCAGCAGCUCCCGAAAGCAGUCGAUCGUUGAAGCCGCGGAGCAGCAUUUCGACAAAAACACCAUUAUCCUCAUAGUGAACCUCAUGAUUCUUACUGUUCUCAUGGGACUUCUGUAUAUGGUUGCAACUUCAGCUAUGGCAGCCGGUGGAAAGGACGAACAAACAAUGCCGCCCAGCAGCUCCCGAAAGCAGUCGAUCGUUGAAGCCGCGGAGCAGCAUUUCGACAAAAACACCAUUAUCCUCAUAGUGAACCUCAUGAUUCUUACUGUUCUCAUGGGACUUCUGUAUAUGGUUGCAACUUCAGCUAUGGCAGCCGGUGGAAAAGGACGAACAGUAACU